AACAUACCGAAUAAUCGAACUCCAUUUGAUCGGUAGACCUCAUUCGACCCAACUCUAAGGGCCAUCAGUGCGUGAGUCCCGCAUGGACGGUCCAGAUUGACGCGAUGGUAACUAAUCUUAAUUCCACCACUGUCACCUCUAAAUAGGAGAAAGACUCCAUCUCAGAGCUCAUACCACUCGUCCUUUUUCUCAAGUCCAGGGGCAUUACGGUCAGAUCAAGAAGGCCCCCGUCGCGAACGAAGAAUGAAUCCCUUCCCCGCCGUCGCUCUCGCCCUCCAUGUCGCCGCAGCGAUUGCCUCCGCCGCCCCGGCACCGUCCCCGCCACCGAUUGGGUGCGCGGUGGAGCUGGUGGCGAUGUCAACGUGCCUGCCGCAUGUGGCGGCGCCACCCAACAACCCGACUCCGGCCCCCUCAGCCGCGUGCUGCGCGACCUUCUUCUCCGCCCUCGACGGCGCCGGAGGCGGCGCCACCUGCCUCUGCCACCUCGUCCGGGAGCCCUCCCUCCUCGGAUUCCCCCUCAACGCCUCCCGUAUCGUCUCCCUCUUCUCCACCUGCGCUGCCUCCGACGCCGGCGCCGCCUCUUCCUUUGCCGAGAUCUGCCAAGAUUCCCCAACACUGCCGCCACUUCGCGACGCCACGCCUCCGGACCCCGUGAACCAACAGCCAGGUAAAAGUACAUAUGUGCCCUCGAGUUCCCAGUUUAAUUUAGUUUAUAUCCCUUCAUUUAUUCGGUCAUCUCCUCUCUCCUCGUAGACGUUGCCGGUGCGCCGCCCCCUGCCCCUGCGGAUCCGGACCACA